AUGCUAGAGUUUUCGACUUCGCGCCGAAGGGCUGUAAAGAGCGUAUGGACGUUAGCCGAGGCUCUUACUUGUAGGAGUAUUGUUGCUGUAAAUAUUGACCAAGAUGUCCACAACAUCUAUAGUCGCCAAAGCCAAACAAGGCAUUACAAAACGGAGAGAGAGAAUAACGUCAAUACCAGCGCUAGCAAUGAGGAGGACAUGCAUAAUACUACGACACACAGCACAAACGGAACAGAAUCUAUUAAUGUUCCUCCUGUCAUAACAUCAGAGUUUGAGCUGGAAUAUUUUGUACCGAUCUUUCAUUCUACUCCAUUAUCCUUGUUUUGCCAAGCAAAUAACACUGUAGUCAGGUAUCAGUGGUAUAAAAAUGAUUUGAAGAUUGUGGAAAAUGAUCGAGUUUCCUGUAAUCAGUCAACUGGUGAAAUCGUCUUCAGAAACCUAGAAAAAGAGGACUUUGGUAUCUAUUAUUGUAUGGCAGAAAAUAAGUUUGGAAUUUCAGUCUCACUGUUUGUCAAAUUAUCGGAAGCAGUUCUUGAUCAGUUUUCUUUAACAUCGAAUGUGGAACAAACUUGCAUGGAAUAUCAUCAUUGCACACUCAUCUGUCAUAAUCAGCCAUUUUGCCAACCAAAAACUGAAUGUAUGAUAGAAUGGAAACUUGGAUAUGGAACCACAAGAAUAUCGUACAACGAAUCUGUAACCUUGGAUCGUGAGGGAAAUCUUCAUUUUCUGAACAUAAGUAAAUCUGACGGGGGACAAAAUUACACAUGUGGAAUGUGGAAUGAAAAGAUCAGAGUAUUAAAAAUGGGCGACAUAACAAAUCUCAAGAUAAAUGAUUCCACUAAAGAUGUCAUCCCAGAGGCUGUCUAUCAAAGUGGCGACAAAGUUUCCAUUGGGGAAAAUGCUACUCUUCAAUGUAUUUUUUCUGGAAACCCUGUUCCAAAAGUAGAAUGGCAGAACAAAAACGGAACAACCAUAACAACAAACCACAAAUACGACUUUAGUCAGUAUGGACGACAACUACAUAUCUUGAAUGUAACUUUUGAUGAUGAGGGUUUUUAUAAAUGUAUAGCCAAUAAAAACUUGACACAGCGACCAUUCCUCAAUGUCACAUGCCCUCCACUAUUUCCUGACGUUGGUAAACGUUUCAUGACCAAAAUAGUGCAUAUAUCGACAAAAGAGUCAACACUUUUCCUGUGCAAUACAAUGUCCUUAUUGACUGAAGAUGACCCCGUUGUGAUCAAAUGGAUGAAAAAUGGAAAAAUCUUGGAUGAAGAUAUAAGAAAUAUGUACCAACUUUCUGAGGACAAAAAAUCUCUUCAUAUCUACAACAUAAAAUCAUACGGCACUGGUUGUUACACGUGUGUGAUAGAAAACAGCGAAGGAAUUGCAGUGGCCAAUUUUUUAGUCCCUUUCGCUCACGUUAUGACAACUGCAUUAAGAGCUAUAAUUAUAGCUUUUGUUGGACUAUUAUUAUUGAUUAUAGCUGCAAUAUUCAUAUAUAAAAGAGCAUGCAUUGUUAUGAAAGACAAAAAAUUAACUGCACGAUUCCAGAUCGCCAGAACCAGUAAUCUUUUUCCAGAUCCAGACGACAGUACUGGUCCUAUAACCGAGGAACCUGAAUAUACAUAUGUUGAUAAUCGAAAUACACAUACAUGUAGCGAUGGUGUUGAAGCUGUAACAAAAUUUCAGUAUGAAGAUGUUUGUGAUGAAAACCACUACAACAUUUUGGGAGAAUGUAGAAAUAUGACUUCAGAAUAUGCUGAAUCUAAUCUUUAUGACUAUUCAGAAAAUAUGCUGAAGUCGCAUUCCUCCUUCCAGGUGCAGCGUAGUAGCCAUUUGCCUUCCGGUUUACAGACUGUCAGUCAAGCUUUAGAGACGUAUGCGCAUCUAGAGUGA